AUGACMCAUUCCUUCACUCCCGGCCGCAUCCUCAUCCUUGUGGGAAACUUGGUCUACUCUAUUGGCGCCUUCAUAGCAGACUACAACGAGACCCACGUCAAGAACCCUCGCUGGCCCCCGCAUGCCAAGUUCCACAACGGCCAGACUAUGACUUUGGGAGUACUUCUGGCUUCCACUUCUUUAUUCUUUCUUUUCCGCCCUGCAGUGUCUGUUGCACGACAGAAAGAAAAUAUGCUGUAUGCUGCGGUGGUUGGCAGUUUCUAUUGUGCGGCAGGAUUGAGUGCAAUUCUGUAUCCGGGAACUGCCUGGCAAGAUCCGGAAUUUGCAGGAGGUGGGGAGCAGAGGUAUAUCUUUGGUGGAGUGUGUGGGAUGAUGUUGGUAGGCUAUGGGUUGGAACACAGAAAAUUGGCAAAGGCAAAGGAUGCGUGA